CGCAUGUACGCACGAACAUUAUAAUCGCUGCAUGUCAAUAAUAUCGUUAAUAGUUUGACCAUAAUGUUAUCAGUGACGGAGUAGUGGAAUUUUACGAAAGUAUAGCUAGUGACAGUGUGCGUGAUACGCUAGGGGUGCGAGCUGUUGUGGAAUAAGGAGGACAAUGGCGUCGAGUUCCGUGAGUCAAGAAGACCUUGAAAAUGAUUUUGAAUUGUCUUCCCGGCGUUCACGCAUCAGGACAGCAAGGGCCCGUACUGUUAAUCCUCCAGCAAGACUCGAUCCAGGGGGUGGUGAUGUUGAAGAUGGAGGUGGAGGAGAUGGGAAAACAGCAGACUCGCUAAAUGUUAGUGGCAGUUUUCCAGCAGAUCAUGAUGCUAGUCCUAAGCCUUUAUCAAGAGCAAAGGAGAAAAGAAUUAACAGAUGUGUUCCUGUACGACAACCCAUUACUGAACACGUUAACAGGGCAAACCACAUGAACAAAGGGAAACAGCAGCAACGUGACCGUAGAAAACUCCGUGAAAAGAGGCGCAGUACAGGAGUUGUUCAUUUACCUUCAACAGAAUCUACAGGUGGGAGCACUGGUGAGGAUGAAGACGAAAUUCAGUCAGUUACAGCGGAGACACGCAGGAAUACACAACAUAAUGAACAUGUUGAUCGUGAACCUGCAGAGGAUCGUGUCACUCACAAACCAUUCCAACAGAGGAGGAAUAAAAGUUUCCGUUUCAGUCCAUCAGAUCUUGAAGCAGAUGAUGAAGAUAAUCAAGAGUUUGACAGCCUGAACCAAUCAGAUUCUACAGUUAGCAGUCUUGUGCAUGCUUCUGACAGCCAUAGUCGGCAGCGUCCUGGUACACCUACAGGAGAUAACCCAGAAGAGUUGCUGGAGCGAGCUCAGGAAGAGAAUCGAAGACUGCUUUCACUACUGGAGGACCGUGAUCGUAAGAUUACCACUUUGGAAGCACGCAUAGCACAGAUACAACGUGAGACUGCACUUGAACGUGAUCGGCUGCGUGAGGAGAAUGCAGCUCUCAUUCGUGCUAUGGCCUCAUUAGCUACAGCAAAAUGAGUUUUCAUGUUGCAGAAUUUACUGUUACACCAGUAGAUGAGUAUUUUAGGCUUCCUUUUCUUUAUUAUGCAUCUUAUUUCUCUCAUAGAUUGGUUUGUGUUAUAGAAUAUAAGUACACGCAUUUGCUUCAAACAUCUGCAGAUUGAAAUAUAUAUAUAUAUAAAAUAAUCAUAGCUUAUACAUUGCGUGAAUGUAUGAAUAUUUGACUGAAACAGGAAGCCUGUGGUACUCUGCUUCUGUUAUUAUUAUUAUUAUUAUUAUUAUUAUUAUUAUCAUCAUCAUCAUCUGCAGUAUCCUUUUUAUUUUAUUAUUAUUAUUAUUAUUAUUAUUAUUAUUGAAACUGGUGUGUAUGUAACACUCAAUUUCUAAUGACAUCAUUGGCAAUAUUUUAUUAUUAGUAUUAUUUUAGUUGUAAUUUAUUAUAUUUGAUAUUUUAUAUGUAAUUUUGUAAUGGUAUUUUGGUAUUUUGAGAGUCAUAUGUCAUUAUGUGUGUGACAAGUUAAAACUAUGUGUUGGACUAGGAAUCAGUCCAAAUCCCAGCACUUCAUGGGCAGUUGGCUGCCAGUUGAGUCAUCUGAGUAUGCUUCACGGACCGACUGAAAGCUUCAGCUUGCCGUGGGCUUCUUCCCAACUCUAUUAUGUCUUUUUUUUGUUGCAUAAAUGUUGUUUCAGGUUGUCUUCAAUUAAUGUCAAGACAAAACUGUAAUGUGUGAUAAGUGAAAAGGCUGUAUACUAAUUAUAAAUGGAAACUGUCUUAUUACGUAAAAUCUGUGAUAAAAGUCCCUGUCCAGAUUAAUGUGUACUCAUUGGAUGUAACUUUUUUUCCUUUUAAAUCAAUAGCAAUUAACAGCACUAUCUAUUUGUGCAUUACUUCUAGCAAAUUAUAUGAAUUUUGUGGCCAUUUCCAUCAGUAUUAAAAGUGCAACUAUUAUUCUCAAUCGUUGUUAUGCUGGAUAUUAGAAACUUUUCUUUUAGUCUUCCAAGUACACAAGAUGAGAGCAUUGUAAUGUAAUAAUUCUUUAACAGUGAUAUGUACACAUGUUAAUUGCAUGUCAGUAGUCUCUUCUUAUAAUUUGCCCUGUUGUAAAGGUAGCUAUUUUUUUUUUUUUUUUUUUUUUUAUAUAUGUAGAUUUACAGAUUGAGUGAUUCAACAGAAUUGUGUGGAUGCUACUUGACGAUACUGUAACAACUGUGGUGUACUAAUUACGAUAUAUUGAAGUUGUUUAUAUUCGUAACAUUAUGUUACCCUUGAAUUUAUUUUCUGAGUUAUAAAUGUUCCGCAACAAAACCAAUCAGUUUGUACAGUAAAAAUUUGACACCAUGUAGCCCCUUUCUGUAUUAAUGUGUGAAAAUAAAUUCCGUUCAAAACUGUU